UCACUUAGACGUGGUGUUGGGGGAUAUGGUGUAGGGGAGAACUUUGUAGAGCAGGGUAGAUGGUUGGACUCGAUGAUCCCAAGGGUCUCUUCCAACCUAGACGAUUCUAUGAUUCUAUGAGUAGACUGGUAGCUCUGGUGCCCCAUGUGCUCCCACAGCACAGCUUGGCUGAGCUUUUGCAAGGACUCCGUCUUCCUGCUCAGCUGAAUUCUUGGCAUCCUCUGGAGUCCUGGGCAGAUUGGCAGGGCGCUUCCUUUUUCAGGAAAAUGCCCAUUGAGUCCUUUGCCUCUGCUGGGGCCUCAUCCAGUGCUGGGCAUGAGCUGUGCACAGCAGGCAUCAGCCCCAUGUUCAUGGAACUGAAGACCAAGCACAGGCUGAGGAAGGACCUUCUGCCCAAGCUUAUGGCUGCGGUGUGGGCAACAAGUCCCAUCUCCCUUCUCACAGAGGAGCUGUUUCAUCUGGGGCUGGGAACAUCACCCUGUGACAUGAGAAAUGCCAGUCACCACAUGAUGUUCCUCAGGACACGUGCUGGGUCAUGGGCUGGGCUGCUGGCAUAGCUUGGCAUCAUGACACCCACCCGCAGACAUUGCUCUGCUGCACCGGUGUGGGAUGGUGUUGGACCCAGGACACUUCAUCCAGCAUCUUCGCAAAUGCUUACUAGUGGUGAGCGUGGCCUGGAGCUGCGCAAGGCUGAGAUGUCUCCUCUGCCACCUCUCCAGGUGCAUCUUGCAAUCUCCCAUGCCAGGACAGAAAGUUUCCAGCUCUUCUUAAGAAACUGCCUGUUCCCAUCAGGAAUGAGCACCAUUAGCUGAACCCAGCUGGGGCACAUGCAGCUUGUUCGUGAUCCCCGGCUGCAUUGCCCCAUUGCAUUUACCUUCACCAGAUUGCCCGGGUAUCUCCUAGGUUGCUCACCUGGGUUCCCCAUGCACAUGUGAUGCCCCCAGACCCCAAGCUCUCCACCAGCUCCUUCUCCUGAAAUGCUGGGCUUUGCCUGUCACCUUGCUCACAUCUUGUCCCAUGUUUGGACCCAGGGACUCACGUGUUGGGCACAGCACAUCUUCGCUUCCUGCACACAUGAGAACCCCCUGGACAUCAUGUUGCAGCAUUGCACCAGGAGACAGGUUUAUUUUUAGUUGCCUCAUGCCCUAAGCCUUCAUUUAAAAAAAUAUCACCGCUCCUCACAAGGUGGUUUCCCAGACACUAAGUAUGGCCUCACCCUUUGUCCAUCCAUCCCCACCCUCGCUUUUGCACCUUGCCCAUUGCUUGAGUGAAUGUUGUCUCUUUGUUUACUGGCAUUUACUUCUCGCUUUGCUUCUUUUUACAGUCCCCAAGGAGAUUGUGGUAAAACAAGUAGUUUCACUUUCUUCCUUUCCCACACUGACACGCUUGUCCCCCUGUCCCAUGGGCUGGCUGACCUUGGCUCAGCUAGAGCUGAUCCAGGUUGAAUGGUGGUGGCCAACCAUCUCCAGACAAGUCUUCCCAGUGCCACUUCUGAGGCUGGGAGGUGUUAGGUGUUACAGGCUGUGGUUAAACAACUUUCCUGAUGCAGUGGAGACUGUCUUCUCACCAAUGCCAUCUUUGAUGUCUUGUCCAGUCAUGACCAGAAGGACCCUUCUGUUCCGCUCAGGGUCCUUCUCUAAUAAGAGGGCAACGCUUAUAGCAGGGCAUAUUUUUUCCACAGUUGGUUAGAUUUUUCUGUGAAAUCCACUUUGCAUAGUUGUUUUUUUUUUUUUUUUUUUUUUUUUAACAAGUAAUGUAAGGACCGGGGAGCAGCUGACCUGAGCUGGGCCAUGGGGCCACACUGUGGUGUCAAUGAUGCUCAGAAGAGCUGGAAACAUGCACCCUGAGCUGUGCUCACAGCAUGGACCUGCCUUGAGAGACUGGGUCCUUGUGCAUGGAAGCCCUUGAUGCUUCAGCCAGUCAUGCAGUGGUCUAACCACGCUUCCAGCCCCAAUGGAGUUUUUUUGCCAGCAUACAGCAAUGAGCUCUGCAGCUUCAUUUGGCCAUAUAAAGCAGAAUAAUCCUCUCUUUAUUUAGUUUCUCCUGUCCCUUGCCAGCACCGGGCCCUUAAGGACCAAAUCUACAAUAUGCUUUCCAAAUAUUUGCAGCAGCUUCUCUGAUGCACCUUCUGGGAUAGGUCAGAGGCUGAAGUUCAUGAGAUGAGACCGUGCCUGUUGGGUAGGACUGACCAUGAAGGCCACAAAGCACCAUGCCCUUUCUCUGCCAUUCACUUCUGGCUCAACCACCCUUUCACACACCAUCCCCCACUGCCCUUCCCAGAACCCUCAAGCCUGGAUGGAGCUUGGGAUGCUGAGCGUGUAGACUUCCCUACCUGUUAGAAGGGAAGCUGAAGAUGAUGGGUAAAACGCUCCAUGAGCCUGGAGGCUUUGAAGAAGUAUUUCUGGCAGAGCACCAUCCCCUCCCUGGGCAUCCUCAUCUGUCAGGGAGUUUUGAGCAAUAAUUACGCUGAUACAACCCAGCUGGGAGAGGGUGUAGAGAAGGAGGGCAUUGCCCAUAGGAUGCACAGGCUGGGGACACCACCGCGUCCCCAUCAUGGUGAUGGGUACAACCUGCUGCUCAUCCCUGCAAGCUGCCGUGGUAGGAGACGCUCUGUGUCCUUGUGGCUCCCACAUGGGCUUGGUGUCCUAGGAGGGAAUUUUCAUUCCCUGUCCUCCUCCCAGCUCAGCAGCCCUGUCCCUAGGGAGCCAAUGGCCAUGUGGUCCUGCGUAUUAGCCUGACAUGUCAUGCCACUAAUUACCUUCUGGCUAAUCCCGGCUGAGCCGGGCUGGGGCAAGUGGGGCUCGGCUGCCAGACAUGGCUGCGCACACCCCUCUGCCCCCCAACCUCCGACGGGGCUUGGUGGCCUUCAGCGGGUCCCUCUUCAUCAACAACAAGACGCGGGACAGCGGCGCUGCCCACUCCUACCACCCAGCCCACGAGGUGCUGGCCAGCCUGCCCCUCCAGAUGAUGCUCUACUUCAACGUCUACUACUUCCCGGUCUGGUUCCUGGCCGAGGGGAUGAUGCUGCAGCUGAAGGUACUGUCCCAUGGGGCACAUGGUGAUGGGGUGACCCUGCUCCUGACUGACCUCCCGGGGUACGGGUGGGCAGGGGAGAGGGGAGCCUCUUCCAGAUUUAUGGGUUCACACACACACAAGCAAAAUGCCCUGUCCCCCACAAGACAAGCUGGCUCACCUCUGGCUCCUCGAAAUGGAAAUUGUGAGAACAACCACUGGGCUUUCCAGGCAUGGAAGGUUAAACUGGGAGGGUGGAGCGGGCAGGGCUGGUCGCAGGGAGCUAGGCACGGGCCACAGAACACGGGGAGCUGGGCAUGGGGCAGACAGGUAGGUGGGCACAGGGGUGGGAAGCUGGGCACAGAGAACUCGGCACGGUGCUCAGGGGAUGGGGCUGGCUGGGACGAGGCUGUGCUCCCAUUACAGUACCAGCUGCUGCCUCAGCACUACCAGUUCCUGCUGGUCGCUGCCUUCCUCAUCCUCUCACUGGUUGAGGGCUCCCGCCUCUACUUGGGCUACGUGGGGAACCUGCAGGAGAAGGUGCCCGAGCUGGCUGGGUUUCUCCUCCUCUCCUUCCUGAUCCAGCUCCCUCUCCUGCUCUUCCUGCUGACGGACAGCCACUUCAUCCGCCUGCCGCUGGAGAUGGUCGUGCACAGCCUUCUCCUGGCCUUCCUCCUCGCCGAGAUGGUGGCAGCCUUCCUUGCGCUGAAGACCAUGACCAAGCAGCUGGUGGCACAGUUCCACCUGCAGCAGCUCAAGGAGGGUGGCAGGGGAUGGCCAGGGCAGGGGGGUGGGGGGAGUCAGGCAGCCAAGGAGGAGUGAUGCUGCAGGACCCCUCCAAUCCCAUGCAGUCCCAGCAGGGAGCAUUAAACGGUGCUUGGACCCCCACCUGCCUCCACACACUGUGUUUUUGAGCCAGGCAGCUCAGGGGCUUGCGGGGUUGCCAGAGCACCCCACGGGUACUGAUGGAGGCAGUCCCUGCCGCACACUCUCCUGCAGGCAAUAACACAGGGCUCAGCACCCCCAAAAUGCUCAGGCUCAGCCCAGGGCUGCACUUGUCCUCGCUGAGCAUCAGCCCUGGCAGGAGGUAGGAACUGGGGAGCGCAGGAGCUACUGGACCCCCCCCCAGCAAGCCCAGGGGGGUCUGCUCUUAAACCCUCCCUGAGCACAGGCAAAAGGGGUUCCCUGGGGAGCUCCCCAUGGACAAGGGAGGCUGGGGUGAAGCCAUCCCAGCUG